CUACGGCCCGUGUGAAUGGAUCCUCAUUAUCCUAAUGUAUAUUUUUGUAAUUUUAACCUUCCCCAUAACCAUCUGGAUGUGCAUAGAGGUUGUUAUGCAAUAUGAACGAGUGGUCAUUUUUAGGCUGGGCCAUAUACGAAAAGGAGGGUCCAAAGGUCCUGGAGUCUAUUUUAUUUUGCCUCUCCUAGAUUAUGCGGUCAAAGUGGAUAUGCGGACGAUCUCGUUCGAUAUAUCUCCCCAGGAAAUUCUUACCAAAGAUUCAGUGACGAUCAUGGUGGACGGCGUCGUUUAUUACCGGGUUUGGAAUGCUAUUCUUUCCGUCGCCAACGUGCUUUACACGGACCCGGCCACUCGGCUCCUGGCUCAAACCACCUUGAGGAACAUCUUGGGAACCAAAGACCUGGCUCAGAUUCUCUCCGACCGAGAGGAGAUCGCCCAGAGCAUGCAGGUGAUCGCGGCGGAGGGCGAAAUGAACGCCUCGCGGGCUCUGCAGAAGGCCGCAGCCAUCAUCUGCGAGAACCCGGCCGCUCUGCAGCUUCGCUACCUGCAAACUCUGACCACCAUCGCCGCGGAGAAGAAUUCCACCAUCAUCUUCCCUCUUCCUUUAGACAUAUUGCACGGUUUGAUCCCUCCGAAGCAGUAG